UUUAUUUUGACUUCCUAAACAACUGGAAGGAAAGGUCUGGGAAGAUAUGGAUGGGACACACUGGAAACGUUAAAGCUGUAGAUGGCAAGGCUCAAUUCUUUGGGACUCCUCAGUCAUAUUUAAGCAUUCCAUUCUUCUCUGGAAACGACCUUCGACCUCGCUACAAGCUAUCUUUGGUGCUGGAGUCUGGUGCAGCAUCAGGACUACCUGUCACUGUUGUCAGCAACGCCAGGUUCCGGCCAUCCACGUUUGGCAUCUAUAUUGUGCAGCAAGGCAUCUAUGUGGUCGUUGUGCCAAGGCCUGACAAGCAAAACAGCGCUUUGCGAACACCAGUGGUUGUAGGUCUUCCAUUAGAUAUUAGCGGGCCAAAUCGUGUGACUGUGGAUCAUGAUGAUGAAACUAAAGACCUGUGGUUGACAGUCAAUGACAAAUCUGUUCAUGCGGUUGUCAGAAUGCCAAUGGUCUCCAGUGAACCUUUAUAUAUAGGGGCUGGAUCGAGUCCUGUACAACCCACGGAACCUCUCAGUGGAUUUGUGAGCUCGCUGUCAUUUCACAAAUGUCCAAGAAAGACAAACAAAAGAUGAAGUUCACCAUUAGAAGUAUUACAUAUCCUUUGAAUUUAACUAUCAUAGUAUUUAUGUACUCUGAAACUGUAAAAUAUUUAUUUGUAUAUUAUUUAAAAUAAAAAUAUAAUGUUGUUAUAUAGCUACAUGUACAUAUAUUCAAAUUUUGAUAUCCAUAUGUUAGCAAAGCAAUGAAAGUUAAAGUUUGUUUUGUUUAACGACACCACUGGAGCACAUUGAUUAAUUAAUCAUCAGCUAUUGGAUG